UAGUAAGUCCUAAUAGAAAUAUCCAAAUUCGAGCCUAUUCUAAGAAGCAGAUGACGUUAUUUGACAGGGUGCCCGAAAUCCUUAAUGAGUAACUUAGCAAGAGGAGAAGGCAAAUGCUGCCCCAGCUGUUUCCUGUUGAAAAUGUCUCUGUAAUGUAGAUAAAUGUGAGGGAUUUUCUCUCCAAAUCCGUCUCCUGUUCGCUAAAUCUCACUUCUCCACAACGAGCCUGCGCAAUGGAACAAAGUCGGAAUAUUGAGAUGUGACAUUGCCCGCAUCUCAUCCUCUUUCUCGCUUUUUAAUGACUUCAAACAAGUUCAUUUUUGCUGGGCUUUUGCUGGAGACCCAAGGGAUGUCUAGCGGUCAUUUCUUCCAGGGGCAUUGGUGUGAUGUCUUUAAGUGUACCAUGCGCUGUCUCUCGUGCACCCACACCCUGUCACUGGUGCUGUGCGUCCUCGCGUUGACUCCCCCGACACUGGAGGCGGGGCCGGAGACGCUGUGCGGGGCGGAGCUUGUAGACACGCUGCAGUUUGUGUGUGGAGACAGGGGCUUUUAUUUCAGCAAACCGACAGGAUAUGGGCCUAGUUCGAGACGGUCCCACAAUCGCGGCAUCGUGGAUGAAUGCUGCUUUCAGAGCUGUGAGCUGAGGCGCCUAGAGAUGUACUGUGCGCCCGUAAAGCCUGGCAAAACUCCACGAUCCCUACGAGCGCAACGACACACAGACAGUACCAGGACAGCAAAGAAACCUAUAUGUGGACAUAGCCACUCUUCCUGUAAGGAGGUCCAUCAGAAGAACUCGAGCCGAGGAAACACAGGGGGCAGAAACUAUCGCAUGUAGAGGACAGUAGGGCGAAUGGCUGAGAGAGACAAGUGAAACAGUUGGACAGAGGAAAUCAAGUGGAAAGAAAGACUGAAGUCUUGCAGGGACGUGCUCCACUGUAAAAAAAAAAAAAAAAAAAAAAAAACAUAAAAAAACCCAACAAAAUACUAAAAAUACAAGCCCCAUGUUAAGACAAAAAAGAAAUCUGAUGUUUCCAUACCCUGCACCAUUCCAUACUGGGGGAAAAUGCUAAAUUAGCUGCUAGAAAAGUCAAAUGAUAACUGUUUAUCCUCCUCGUGUGAACGGUUGCACCUAAUGGAUGCCGAAAACUUUUUAUAGUGGCAAAAUAUUAAUGUUUGCGGGCACAGAGAGGAGUGAGAUCACGGACCGUGUUGACAAGAAAGGCUGUCUAGACCGUUUGGAACCCUUGCAAAACCGAUCUACGGCUGCACAGAGAGAUGGCAGAUAAAAUACAAAUCAGUCUUUUCGUAUUUGAAUCAUUGUGCAAGACCAGAUCAAGGGGGAUUUUACAAAAGCCUUAUGCAGAUGUGCUGAGGUGCUCUAGAGAACACAUUUAGGAUUGAUGGAACGCGACCUACAUCCUGCAAAACACCUUGUGGUGUGUGUGUGUGUUUUUUUUUUUAUUGUGUGUGAGGGAUCUUUGCUUCUUCUUUUUUUAAUAAUUUGAACUGCAUGGUUUACGUUCUUUAGAAAAUGGGAGGUGAAAGCCAUUCACUCAAACAGUUAUCCGCAUGCAUUUACACCAGUGUAUCAGCACACACAGGAAAGACAGAGGGAUGACACCAGAAACCACAACAGAUGCAAACAUUUACUAGCGAUUGUAACAUAUACCAUUAAGAAGAACAUAAUCUAAUCAAAAAGGAAGUCGCAGGUUUGCAUCUUUACAGCGAAAGACCGGUGACAUGAUUGCAACUCACUAGCUGUAUUAAAAGGAUAUUUCGCCCAAAAAUUCAAAUUGUGUCAUUUACUCAUUUUUACUCAUGUGUUUAUUUACAAUAUGACUUUUUCAGUCCAUUUCUGAUUCUGGUUUCUGCUGGGUAAAGGCAGUUGUGAAUUUAUUUUGCAUAAUACAGCCUUAUUGGUUAACGUGUGUCUAUUUUAAACUAUCACACAAUGACCUUUUUAUUUUUUUCGCUACAGUGGAAAUGGGCUUAUAUAAAGGAGAAAUUUGUCAGUGGACAAUGAUUUACACUUCUGGAUUGCAGAGCACCAUUCAUUUGGAAUCAUGUUUUAUUUGCAUUUACUGUCCUUUUUGAAGCUUUACAGACGUGGUCGCUAUAACCUAUUACUGUACAGCAACUAUUAGAACAAAAAUUCUCAUUCUGAAAAAGAAAUUAAUGACAGAAUGUCUAUUUUUGGGUGAACUAUCCCUCUACACCCCUAUUUAGGCCGUUUCCACAGUCCCUCUGCAUGGUGAUUUCCUCUUUCCUGACCCCAAUGGAUCACGUCAACCCACACUGUUUACUCUGUAUCUAUACUCAACCUAUAUUAACCUUUGCAUUCUCUAACCAUAAUCGUAUGUGAUGGCAUCAUAUAGCGGAACCAUAUAAAAGAUCAACCCACUGUAUAAUGGUGCUAUUUUGUAGUUUGUUACUUGCAGGGGUUGGCUGAAAACAUGAAGCUCUGUGUUGGAAGUCCUCCCUUUUGCACAGCCUUGUGGCCACCAUUGUAAUAAUAUUAUUUUAUUUUGAUUUUUAAGCUAUUUCAAUAAGGUUACAGUGUAAGCGAGCGAAAGUAUUUUUGUGAGAGCUGUGAAUGCAUGGAAAAAGUAAAAAAAAAAAAAAAAAGUGGCCGAGAUGGUUAAUUGCUGUUUUUUGUUUUCUCUGCGGUUUUUAAAUUAUUCUUUUUGAAACAUUAACGUCCCUAUGCCAAAAAAAAACUUGACAGAGUACUGUGAACUGCAAAUGUCCAACAUUACCAAGAUUUUGACUUUUCAUGCAUACUACAUUCAUUUAGACGUCCUGGCACUGAUUCUACAACUCAUGUAUUUGUAACUGGCAAGGAAAUGGUGCAAAACAGUCUUCAGUGUAAUACAGACACAGUUACAGUACAGUUAGUAACGGUUUAAUUUGGCUAACACUGUAUGGCUAUUCAGGACCAUUGUUUAUCUUUUUCACUUGCCUGUGUUUUUACUUAUCAAUAUAUCUGGGAAGAUUUAACAGGACAAUUGCACCAAAAUUAAGUCAAUUACACCAUCAGUGUUAUGAAGAAAUGGUAUGUUUUAAGUAGCAGGAUGUUAACCAUUUGAAGAUAAAUCAUCUAUAAACAAGAUGAUGGAUAACAUUUUCAGAAAGGUAACUAUCCAUUUCUGGACAAAAGGGUUUGCAAUUUUGAACUGCGCAGUAUGCGUUUUAUAUAAUCUCAAUCUGAAUUAAGAAACAAUAGAAUCAUGUAGAAUCAUAUUCAUUAGCCACCCAGAAUGUCUAUGUAAUGUGCACAAGUUUGAUAUAAUAGACUUCCAGCAAAAGGUCCUCACCUAAUACCAAAGACUUUGAAUAUAUUUAAGGUUUGUUGGUUAUUACUUUGUGACAAAUAUCAUGAGCAGCACUAAAGAUAAAAAAACAUUGUGCUUAUUUUGAAGUUGUUCCGUUUCCAUUCAGUUGAAUGUAGGAUUUAAGACUGCUGCAGAGAUUUGUGGCACUUUGCUUGAGUUUGAUAGUUGUCAUCCGAACAUAAAUCCAGAGACAGAAACAGUAUGGAAGAACAAAUAUUAGAGGAUUCUGGGCAUUUAUCAUUAAAGCAUUCUUUUGAUUGUGAGGCUUUCAUUAGGCUACUGGUGCUCAAUUGCUUUCUGUACAAAAUAUGAAAAUACUGACAGAUUGUUCACCGUUCCUGCUGAAUAAACCACUUGUCAAUA